AUGUCAGCUGAAUCAACCAAUGACCUUACUGAAAUCUUUGUCACUUCAGGAGACUAACCAAAGCCAGCUACUAACCCUAACUACCUUAGACUUUACGGUCAUCACUUGUGCCCAUUCGUCGAGAAAGCUAGAUUAGCAUUGGCUGCAAGAAACGUAGUUUACCAAAACUGUGAGAUAGAUCUUAGCAACAAGACUGAAUGGCAUGUUGCUAUCAAUGGUGGAUUUGUUCCAGUCCUUGAGUUCCCAGAUGGUACAAUCAUCCAUGAGUCAAAAGUGAUUAUGGAAUAUGCUGAAGAGGCUUACCCUGAUCAAGGAUACUCUACUCUACCAGACGAUCCAGUUGAAAAAGCUUAACUCAGAUUGGCUUCACUCAUCAUCGAUUAAGUUCAAGCUGCUUACUAUCCAAUGUACAUGAAGAAAUUCGGAUUUGAUGAUAAUGAUCUAAAAAAUCUCAAAGAGAAACUACAAAAAGUUGAAGAUUUGCUAGCUUAAAGACAAAAUGAGUCUGGAUUUGCUUGGGGAACAGAGAACCCAACAUAACUUGAUAUCCAUUUGUACCCAUUAAUGUCAAGACUUUAGUAUAUGAGAGGCUCAGCUUUUAAUGAGCACAUUGCUGAGAGAAUUGAUCCUGAAACCAACUACCCAAGAAUUAUUAGAUUGGUAGAAGCCAUUAGAAACAGAGAAGAAUUCAAAAAUGCUGUGACUCAAAAAAUUCCACAACAUAGUAUCAUUCAAAAACUAGUUGAAUUACCAGAAGGGUAAAGAUUAUCACUUUCUCUUCCAGUCAAAUUUGAAUGA